GGUGCCGAAGUCCACGUAAUGAAGGGAAAAAAUGGGCUAAGUCUCCUGCUUUCAAAAAGGAACUUAACGAAAGCUUUACCCAAGAAGAAGUAACAGGUAUCAAAGAUUCAAAUUCUGAUAAAGGGGAUCUUUUAGUUGCUAAAGAGGACUCUUCUAAAGAACUGAUCCAUGAAGAGACUUGUAGAUUUGUACAGAGCUCAGAAAUGGACACAACCUCUGCUUCUUGGCAAGAAACCGUUGAGACAGAGAAAGGCCGUAAACCAUUCUUUCGAGCUCAUCAAUGCAACACAAAUACUGCUGGUAAUGCUAUUCCUUGUGAAAACUGCGAAACAGAAUCAAGUAGAGAUGCUGUGGAAGAUUCAAGUGUCAAGAGCCACGAAGACUCAAACGUCCAACAUUCUGACAAAAUGCACAACCCAGUGCAGCAAUAUGUGUCUUGUUCUCUGUCAGCUCGUCGUGCAAUAAUUAUCGACAUUCACGAGUACCAGCAUCUCCCAAAAUUGCCAUCGAAUAAUUUCUCAAAGGAGCUGCAGAAAUCUCUCAAGGAUAAUGGAUGGUCAGUUGAACGCUUUGAAAAUUUGCAAAAACGAAAUCUGCUUAAUGCAGUUGAAAGUUUCAAGAAGAAUUGCGAAGAUACGUUUGCUUUCAUGUUUUACUUUGGACAUUCAGUACAGAUCCAUGGAGAAAAUUACAUACUACCCGUUGAGCUACAACCACUGCACGCUAAAACAAAUGGAAACUUGAAGAAAUAUGCUGUAGACCUCAAUAAAAUCCUGUCUGUGGUUGCCACGUCAAAGGUUGGUAAUAUAUCAUAUUUGAUAUGGCAAUAGUUUCGAUAUAAAAAU